GCAGGGCGUUCACUCGAUCGCACAUCCGUUUGGAGGGUGAUGCAACCGGCGUUUUACAAACGGACAGCGGCAGCAGGCGGCACAUGUUGAUGCCUGAUACUAAUUCGGAACAUUUUUGGCAUCAUGGGCAACAAUAGAAAUGUUGAGGAAAAACUCAAUCUUAUCACCAGGAACUUGCAGGAGAUCCUUGGUGAGGAUAAGCUGCGUUCAAUUCUGGAGGAACGGGACUUGCGUGUCUACUGGGGGACAGCUACCACUGGGAAACCUCAUGUGGCAUACUUCGUGCCAAUGUCAAAGAUUGCUGACUUCCUAAAAGCUGGAUGUGAGGUAACUAUUCUGUUUGCUGAUUUGCAUGCCUAUUUGGAUAACAUGAAAGCCCCCUGGGAAUUGCUGGAACUGAGGACGCAGUAUUAUGAACACGUCAUAAAAGCAAUGCUUGAAAGUAUAGGUGUGCCAAUAGAAAAACUCAGAUUUGUAAAGGGAACUAAUUAUCAGUUAAGCAGGGAAUACACUUUGGAUGUUUACAAAUUAUCAUCUGUGGUGACUCAGCAUGAUGCCAAAAAGGCUGGUGCUGAGGUAGUUAAACAAGUGGACCAUCCACUCCUCAGUGGUCUCCUGUAUCCUGGAUUACAGGCCUUGGAUGAAGAAUACUUGAAGGUCGAUGCACAGUUUGGUGGGAUUGAUCAGAGGAAAAUAUUCACAUUUGCCGAAAAGUAUCUUCCAGCUCUUGGGUAUGCCAAACGUAUUCACUUAAUGAACCCUAUGGUGCCAGGUCUGACUGGAGGGAAAAUGAGCUCUUCUGAAGAGGAAUCCAAAAUUGACUUGUUGGACAAAAAAGAAGACAUUAAAAAGAAGCUGAAACGGGCAUUCUGUGAACCUGGAAAUGUGGAGAACAAUGGUGUUUUAUCCUUUGUGAAACAUGUCUUGUUUCCUUUACAUGGAGAGUUCGUUAUUUUGAGAGAUGAGAAGUGGGGUGGCAGCAAGACCUAUGUGGAAUAUGAUGAACUUGAAAAAGACUUCAUUGAUCAGUCUGUUCAUCCUGGUGAUCUGAAAAACUCUGUUGAAGUUGGCUUGAACAAAUUGCUGGAUCCAAUUAGGAAGAAGUUUCAAAUGCCAGAGAUGCAGAAAUUAACCAGAGCUGCUUAUCCUGAACCUACAAAGCAUCAAAAGGGAGUUUCCAAAGGACAAGCUGCUGAGAAUGAUGAAAUUGUACCUUCAAGACUUGAUAUUAGAGUUGGUAGAAUUAUCAGUGUUGAGAGGCACCCUGAUGCUGACAGUCUGUAUAUCGAGAAGGUGGAUGUUGGAGAAGCCCAGCCACGAACAGUUGUCAGUGGGUUAGUGCAAUACGUUCCUGUCGAGGAGCUGCAGAAUCGUGACGUCGUAUUGUUGUGUAAUUUGAAACCACAGAAGAUGCGAGGAAUUGAGUCUCAAGCCAUGUUGCUUUGUGCGUCAACAGAAGGAGAAAAACGUAAAGUGGAGCCAUUAAAUCCUCCAGAAGGUUCUUCCCCAGGAGAGCGGGUGUUUAUAGUAGGAUUUGAAAAUGGUACAGCAGAUGAUGAAUUAAAACCAAAAAAGAAAGUAUUUGAAAAAUUGCAGGCUGAUUUCAAGAUCUCCGAUGACUGUAUAGCCCAGUGGCAGCAGAAGAAUUUUAUGACCAAACUUGGCGUCAUAACAUGUAAAUCAUUGAAAGGUGGAAGUAUAAGUUAGUUUAGAAGGGCUACAUAGGAGUGCAAGAAUGGUUUUUCUUUAAAUGUCAAAUCUUCACUUCCAUGACCUGUACAAUAGGAAUAUUAUUGCAUUCGAUUCUCAGUGAAUUAUACUUGAACUAUGUUGAAUUCUGCAGUUGGGAAUAGCAUAAAACAACAAAAUAUGCAGAAAAUGGUUGACGGUUCUUAAUUUUGGAAAAAAAUCAGGCAUUAAUGAAUAAUGUUCUGGACGUAAUGUUACAGAAUCAUUUUAAAGCUUAGCACUGUAUUAUGACACAUUUAUUUAAAUUGUUUCAUCCUUAUAAGAUUUCUGGGAUAACCAGGCAUUUUAGCUAUAAUAAUAGCUUCCUUGGUGUCUCUUGUGCUGUAGGGAAAUCUGAUAAUAUGACAAACAUUCUUGGGUGACUAGACUUUACAUGUAUUAUUCUAAUUGCAAAGCGUUUUACGUUACAGCACCAUCCAGUAACCUCAAAACUGAAAGCUUGCAUUGUUAAAGGCCAAGGGAAAAAAGCAGUGACAUUCUUAAACUGCGCCUUGAAACUUCUCUCAGAAUAAACACACCAUACAUUUUUCUAGUUUCUUUGGGGGCUUUGUGAUGCAUUCCAGCUGUUUAUCAAUUGUUUUAAUUCAAAAAGAUAAUUGUACACACUCCACCUCAAAUUGUACUUCAGUUUUAAUCUGCCAAUAAUUAAAUAUUCUUUCACAUAUAGUUUAAUAUUCAAUUAAGCCAACUAAAUUUAUUUGUCUGAUCAAAAAGAGACUGCUAUUAAAUUUGGAACAUUCUGAUUAGGUUGUACUUUCCAGGAAACUCAAAAAUCUUAAUGUGUAAUGAAUUGCUUAAUAUCAUUGAUUCAGGCCUUGAAUCAGAGCUUCUUUAAAUGCCACCUUGUGAUUUUUUCCUUCGUCAGUUUGCCCUCAUUAGCCACUUGUGAGUGACUUGAGGCAUUAUAUUAAAGUUGAUGUUGAUUGUAAGUUAUAAUGUGUCAAGUUCCACAAUUCUUAUUUUGGCUGUAAUUAAGAAUCUUGUGACACAGAAGAAGGAAUCCGAUGGCUCAGUAUGCUUAUCCUGGCAAGAGAUAUCCAAUUAAUCUAACUUCUUUGUUCUUUCCCAUAGCUCUGUGAGUUGUUCCUUGAAUAUUAUAAGCCAGAAACAUGCUUUUCAGCAUUACAUUGAUCAGGCUGGUAUAACUGGCAGCUUGAUGCUUGACUUUGCCGCUGCACUUCUGUCAAGGCUGGCUGUUUGACUUCUAAGCUGAGUAAGGUAGAAUAGUUACAUCUUUCUUUGUUGUAAUUUGUGAUGGAGUCAACUGUUCUGCUAAUUGUCCAAAUAAUGGAGUAAUGAUGCACUGCUGUCAAGUAACUGAUGCAAAUAUUUUCUGUUCCUUAAAGGAAUGAUUUAUAAUUGCACCUGAUUAAAUAUGUUUAACUCUGGAAAUCAGCAAGUUGGUUUGGUCGUUUUUGGAAAAACUGAGAACCCCAAAGCUCCAGUUACUGCCCAGUAAAUUGGUUAGACUGCACUUUGCAUCAGAUCGGGUGCUAAGGUACAUCAGUUGAUAUUAGUAUUUUCUGGCUGAGGAAGGGAUUAAGAAAGGUCAGUCAAAAUUAUUCUCUGCUAGUAACCAACUGGAUACUUUAUUUAAGUACACCUUAAAUAGGUACCACAGGAGGGCAGAAGUUUACUCUUGUUGGCUUCAAGACUCCAUCGACUACCAGAGCUAGCAUAGAGGAAGGUAGCCCUUUGGGUGGGGUUAUGAUGCUGGCUAUGGAACGAUAUCCCAAAAGAGGCUCCUUUGUGAUUGGGGGUGUGGGGGGAAAGAAAUAAAGUAAUAUAUUCAGUGCUGUUUUAAACAAUAAUCAGAAGCCAUGAUCACCGUUUUUAAAAAUAAAUGCUUUCUAUCAUACUGAGAUUUUAUGCACAACUCCGAGAGAAUAGACAAAGUCCGUUGACAGUGGAAGUGAAGAACAUGUAAAUGGCAAAUUAUUUAAAAUGUAAACUAAUCUUUAUUGAAGUGCUGUCUAAGUAUUAAUACUCGGGGAAAUACCUAACUGAAAAUAUCCUUCAUCUUGUGCCCACUUCCUUUCAAGUGCAAACUUGAUUUGAAUCUUAAACUCUGUUUUUGAGCAUAUUAAAUCUGGUAGAUUUGUUAGGUUACCACACUGCUGAUAGGUAUCAUGUCAGACAAAUGCCAGGUGAAGCAGCUAAUCUAUAAAUCUGUACCACUGCUUCAGCUAAAUAUAUUUUGGAAUUGUGAACCUCGCCAAUUUGCCAAAUUGUUAGGGAAUGAGAUGUCAUAUACAUAAUUAAAA